AUGCAAUUAUAGAAAUAUACAUUUGAAGUUGAGAUGACUUGCAGUGGUUGCUCUGGAGCAAUAACUCGAAUAUUGAGCAAAAAUGAAGGCAUUAGCACGUUCAACGUUGAUCUGGAAAAUAAGAAAGUUACGGUGGAAACUGAUUUAUCCUCAGACGAUGUUUUAGAACUGAUAAAAAAAUCAGGAAAAAAAACUACUUUAAUUGAAAAUUAGUAUUUUAUUAUAAAUUAUAUUUAUCAAACAAUUGUAAUAUUAUGCCAAAUAUAUUUUAUAUGAUAUGCUA